AUAAUACGGAAUCCCUCGUUGUUAGCCAUUCGAACCAAAUCCUAAUUGACAUGUUAUCCACGCCUGCUCGGUAGAAUAUAGAACAUAUGAGCUAGAGUAAGCGUGAUCAGUUUGGUGUUUAUCUCGUUUUAUCCUUAUAUUUAUAACAGAGAUAAACAGAUUAUUGGCGGAUGUACAGUUGACAUGGUCAAUUCAAAAAAUGGAAUAUUGAUCGUUGCUGGUUGACAUGAUUUCUGUAUAAAUGUCAUAUACUUAUAGUUAGUAGAUUUGUUCCACAAAUGAAUAGAAGAACCUUUUGUUAAAUCACAGCUGAUUUACAGGUUUUGUAUAAAAAUGAUUCCUCCAAUUGCUCCGGGACAGUCCGAUUUGAAUCAAGACAUGGUUGGAUGGAACAACACGUUCAAUAUGCGACCAUUCACGUUACUCAAUUUGGCCGCCAACACUUUGGGUAUGAAGAAUGGUGCGAAAGUCACCAUUCAGAACCAUAGAAAAUCUUACAGCGUUACCAGCGCUACUAAGUCCUUAGAUUUGCUGCGGAAGAAUGUCCAAAUGGCAAUAAAUAAAGAUAUUGACAAUAUUAUUAAGAAGUAUUUGGAU